AUGGACCGCGUCGUGCGAUUCAAGGACUGCAAAUGCGUCUCACCCCAUCGAACACUUGUCGAGUGCGCGCUGGCAAGAAAACUUGAAACACAUAAGGAUGUUACAAAGAGCGUCAUUGUCGGUAGCCCCAUUGUCCAUUUCAUCGUUGGCAAGGAGGCAAAAAGCUACUAUAUCCACAAAGACCUCCUUAUCAUCCACAGCGGCCGCUUCGCCAACCAACUAGCGCGCAGGGGAAAUGAUAACCAGGAGCCCAUCUUUCUUAAUCUCAAGCCAUGCCCGUUCAUCGUCUUUAAGCGGUGGCUCUACACUGGCGAGAUAAACGCGUAUGAUGCCUGGACUGGCCCGGAUAUUGUACGCUUCGAAGGUCUCUGGCUAUUUGGUGAAUAUCUUCGCUCUCCAUCAUUUCAGAACUGCUGCAUGGACACUAUCAUGCAGUAUGCUGACCGAAAUCCAAAUUGGCUAUCGCGCGCUGAAGCAGUUGCGAUUUACAAGUGUACAAAAAAGGGUUCGGUCCUUGAUAAGAUUGUAACCAGGUCGCUGCUAUAUCUGAAUGGAUAUUGGAGCUCUUCUGACCAUAAUCGGCGUCAGUGGCUUGCAAACACUCCCGCCUCGAUUGCGGAUAUCAACCGCGCCCCUCGGACGCUUAGUUACAGUGAUCGUCCCUGGUCUGUGAAGUUCCGUGCCGAUUACAUGGUUGAUGAAGUCCCGUUGGAAGUCCGCUUGGAGCGCCACAUCUUGUCGAAAAAGGCCAAAGAGGACGAGAGGAAGAAGAAGGCUCAGAACAGACCAUCAGGGAUGGAAUGUCUUCCUGCGGUCACAGACAACAGCACAACAGCACCUAAUGCUGCUCUCGACCUCGAUCAAUGA